UUCAUUCAGAGGCUGAAGGGAACAAGAUAAGCUUGGCUGUAUUGUAGCUCACGUGUUGCGGCCUUCUCCUAGACACAAACAGGACGCUUAUCGUAGACUUGUUGACGGACAAGCUGACCUCAUCAUGUUCGGCUGGGUCGCCGGGUUCUUCACCUAUGAGACGACUAAGUCUGUGGUGGUCAAGAGCUGGUCGGUGGGAAUCAUCAACCGUGUGGCGCAACUCCUCAUCAUCAUCUACUUUGUGGGCUGGGUGUUCAUCCAUGAGAAGGCCUAUCAGGUUCGUGACACUGGGAUCGAAUCAGCGGUCAUGACAAAAGUCAAGGGCUUCGGCUUCCUCAACGACAGUUUGAUGGACGUAGCCGACUACGUCAUGCCUACGCAGGGUGCAUCAGUGUUCUGCAUCAUCACCACAAUGGUCGUCACAGACAAUCAGACGCAGAGGACAUGUCCCGAGUCUGAUAAGAAGUUUAACUGCAGCACUGAUCACGACUGUGAGAAAUUCUUGUCCUCAAACCUGGCAAGUGGAAAGAUAACGGGCAAGUGUAUCACUGAGGCUAACCGAUGUGAGAUUUUAGGCUGGUGUCCAGCAGAGGAUGAAUCCCAGAGACUAAUUCCGAUGAAUGAGGUUGAGAACUUCACAAUCUUUAUAAAGAACAGCAUACGUUUCCCUCUCUUUAACGUCACAAGGGGGAAUAUGGGGGCAAAAAGCAAUUUGUCAUGUGUGUAUGAUCCCGUAAAGAACUCAGACUGCCCGAUCUUCCGAGUAGUAGACGUGCUAAAGUGGGCCGGUGAGGAUAUCAAUAACAUCUCACGAAAUGGAGGAGAGAUUGGAAUUAACAUAGCCUGGAUGUGCAACCUGGACCAGCAUGUGGACAACUGUAAACCCAAAUACACUUUCACUCGACUCGACUCUGCAUUUAAAGACAGCCCCAUCACCUCGGGAUACAACUUCAGGUUUGCAAAAUACUAUAAGUCAGAAGAUGGCAAGGACUUUCGCACACUGUUUAAGGCUUUUGCCAUUCGCUUUGACAUACUUGUGUCCGGCAAUGCUGGAAAAUUUCACUUAAUCCCGACAGUAAUUAAUGUCGUUGCUGCUUGCACCUCGGUCGGCCUGGCAACGGUCCUCUGUGACAUCAUCCUGUUAAACUUCCUGAAAGGAGCUAAACAAUACAAGGCGAAGAAAUUUGAAGAGGUUUCAGAUACUGUCAGGUCUCCAAGUCUUGACCUCCAUCAGGGCAGCCAGCUGACAAUCAAACGGGAAGAGAAGAGCUCGGUCGACUCAGGGGCUUAUUCCAUUGGACAUUAGGUGUGAAUCUGUCGAAAAGCUUAUUCAGCGUCCAUCCUGAACCUCGCCACUUUUACACCAAAGGACAUCACGUUUACAGCUAUUGUCAAUUUCCUCGCCUGAAUCUGAAUAUGAUUCCCUGAUAACAAAAAAAGCACAUUUGCUGAAAAAUUGGGAAUGUAUUUUAUAAAAAUAAUAAGAAUAAUAAUAAUAAAAAUACAAGCAUAUGCUGAAUUUCAGAAAUAUUCACAUAUAAAGAGGAUUUUACAAAGUCAUAAAGGAAAGCCGUAUUAUCAGCGAUAUUAAACUUUUUGCUUCCUGGGCCGCUUUAACUGUAAGUCUUUACUAU